CGCGCGUAUAAAUACUCAUCGCAGCACCAACAUAUCGUCAGUCGCUCAGCUGCCUUCUCAUCAUCCACAAACAAAACAACUAAACUCAACAAAAUGAAACUGUUCAUUGUCGCCGCUCUGUUCGUUGCCGCCGCCAUGGCCGCACCCACCACCAUCGACGGUCAGGCCCAGAUCGUCGUCCAAAACAUCGACAACAUCGGCACCGGUCCCUACGCCUACGAAUCCGAAACAUCGAACGGUAUCGUCCAAAAGGAGCAAGGUCAGCUAAAGAACGUGGGCACUGAAAACGAAGCACUUGAGGUUCGCGGCCAGUACUCUUACCCUGGUGACGAUGGCGUCAUCUACACCAUCACCUACAUCGCCAACGAGCUCGGCUUCCAGCCCCAGGGCGCCCACAUUCCCCAAUCACAAUAAACAGCUCUCGUAUAACUAAAUAUCUAGUCCAAAAAUACUCAACUUCCCCACUCCUUUCCUGUAGUACUUUAGAGAAAUCGUAUUAGAACGAUUCUGUGAUACAAACACGAUACAAAUAAUGUUAAUAAAGAAGUUACAAUAAUUUA